AUGAAGUUUGCCUCUGCAACGGCUCUUGUAGCCUCGUGCCUUGCAGCGUCGGCCCUGGCUGCCCCUCGACUGGAGAACAGAGAUGGUGACAAGUUUGACCAGGGUCUCCCAAUUAGCAAAACUGGAAAGGGAGGUCCUAUCAACGGCGGCACCAACCACGAGCUUGACUUGCAGAACCCCGACAACCUGGGCCGACAGUCGACAGAUAACGGAGUCGUUCCGAACCUGAAGUGGAGCUUUUCUGACUCGAAGACGAGAAUCCUCAAGGGCGGUUGGGUCCGAGAGCAGGUUGUUCAGGAUCUACCUCAAAGUCACGACAUCUCUGGCGCGCAGCAGCACUUGAAGAAGGGCGCAAUCAGGGAACUCCACUGGCACCGAGUGGCUGAGUGGGGAUUCGUGUACAAGGGACGCAUCACCGUCUCUGCUGUCGACGAGGACGGCAAAUAUCAGGCCGAAGAGCUGAACUACGGUGACGUCUGGUACUUUCCCAAGGGUGUUGCCCACACGGUUCAGGGCCUUGAAGACGACAACGAGUUCCUCCUUGUGUUUGACGAGGGCGACUUUGACAAGGUCGGAACCACGUUCAAUAUCGACGACUGGCUGGCCCAUACCCCCAAGGAUAUUCUGGCCCGAAACUUUGGAGUUCCCGAAUCCGUCUUCGACAGACUCCCCUCACCCAAUCCAUACAUACUGAACGCCACCGUCAGCGAGAAGAAUGUCACCGGCGCCGUGACCCCGGUUGCAUCGGGGAAUAGCUCCUUCGUUUACCGUACCUUCCAGCACACUGCUGAGAAAGUUGGCGGCCAGGGAGGCGAGCUGCGCAAGAUCGACUCGACCAAUUUCCCCAUUUCCAAGACCAUCGCAGCUGCACUUGUGACCCUGAAGCCCGGUGGCCUGCGGGAGCUUCACUGGCACCCAAACGCUGAAGAAUGGCUAUACUUCCACCGGGGGACAGGCAGAGCCACGGCAUUCAUUGGCAGCGCGAAUGCCAGAACAUUUGAUUUCAGAGCCGGUGAUACUGCCGUCUUUCCCGACAAUGCCGGGCACUACAUCGAAAACACGUCCAAGACAGAGGAUCUGAUUUGGAUUGAGAUUUACAAAUCUGAUCGCGUCGCCGACAUUCCCCUCACCCAGUGGCUCGCUCUGACACCUCCGGAUAUUGUGUCCCAGGCGCUGAAGGUCCCGAUUGAGUUUGUCGAGAAACUCAAGAAGGAGAAGCAAACCUUUGUCGAGUAG